CGAGCUUGACGCUUAUGUUUGGUAACGGCGCCAUAUUUGUGUUGUAAUGUCAAACAAAUGAAAAAAGCCGCCGGUUCCAUUUCACAAUUCUUGUUUUCUCGCUAGUUGUUGCAUUUAUCUUAUUUUAGCGUAAUAAUCACUAUCUAAAAAUGACGAUCGGAAAGAACAAUAAAAUGCAACAGCAUAUUAACUAUAGAGUAAGAGUAAUUUUACAAGAUUCUAGGACGUUCAUAGGAACUUUUAAAGCAUUUGAUAAACACAUGAAUUUAAUACUCGGGGAUUGCGAAGAAUUCAGGAAAAUUAAGUCCAAAAAUAGUAAAACUGCGGACAGAGAAGAAAAGAGAACACUGGGUUUUGUUUUACUGCGAGGAGAAAAUAUAGUAUCUCUUACAAUAGAAGGCCCGCCACCACCAGAAGAAGGCUUACCCCGUGUUCCUCUACCAGGUGCUAUCGGUGGCCCAGGAGCAGGCCGAGCAGCAGGUCGGGGAGCGGGUCCAGGAGGACCUCCUCCUGGUCUUCAAGGACCAGCGAGAGGAGUCGGUGGCCCGUCACAGCAACAUAUGGCACCAGGAUCGAGAGGACAGCUUUCAGCGCCUCCUCAGAUGCGAGGAGGUCCUUUGAUGGGAGGCCCUCCACCGGGUAUGAUGGGAGCACCUCCAGGAAUGGGCCGCGGUGGUCCCGGCAGUCGCGGACCACCAGGAAUGCGCCGUUACUAGUUCUAAGUGAUGUGUAUUUUUAGUGUUAAGAUUGCAGUGCAUUUUGUGAAUACACCAUAAGCAUCAGUAA